UGUACAGGGAUCUGUACAUGGCCAGGUCGAUACUUGUUUGGAUGUCACAUAUGGUGAACUGGAAGUUGAAACAAAACUUGCCAAAAAGCAUACAGGGACUUGUAGAUGAAAACAGUUAUCCUCCUUUAACAUUCAGCACGUUGUGCGAAGCGGCCCAUAUAGCAAAUAAAACUAUAGUGGGCAAAGCUAAGGAUGUUACAUUUGAACCAGGAUAUCCGUACAAAGAUAUUCCACAGGGAAUGUGGAACAGCUUCUUAUGCAAUAAUACCUGGCAUUUGGUUUUCACUGAACUUGCCAUUGCAAGGGCAAGCGGAUACAGGCGAGGUGGGGAGAUUGUCAUUGAAAGUGACGGAAAUAGAAAAUUUGAGCCACAACAGAGCAAUAAAGGGCAAGACGUAGCAAUAUUUUCAGAAUUCUGGUUCUGUAUUAGUCCUAAAAUAAUGUCUAGACAAGCUUUUCCAGAGGACCCCACUUUUCAGUAUAUGCCGAUGGGGCAAUAUUUGAGCCAAUCAGAUUUUGCUUCAUGCGCGUUGCUGCUCCCAGAAUUUUACAGAUCGGACAUGACGCUUCUGUCGGAAAAUGCAUGCGUUUUGCAAUCCAAACGGGGACGAUGCGUUAUCAAUAUCGGCUGUCCCUCUGGUUCACUCAAAGGCGUCGAAUUCACAUAUAAACUUUGUCUGAUUGUUCAAAAAGGAAAAGACGACGCAUGUGCAGAACAUAUCCAAGCAUUUCCCAGAAUGGUGGUCUUUGCACCUGGAAUGGACGGCGUAACCUUUACUAUCAGUCUUCCAGUCACUGGAGAGUACACAUUCAGCACGGCUAUUAAAACUAAAACAAAUGACCACAAUCGUAAUCCAGAAUGCUUCAAGUUCAAAAUCAUUUGCAAUGAAAUUGACAAUACAUACUGCAGAAACAUUCCUCAAUCGGUGACAGAGAUGGGUGUUGGUUUCACGCCCGUUGCAAAGGACUUCGGUUUAAAGCAUCCGUCGAAUAUUGCAACAACGUUGGUUGUCAAAUGCGAUCCCGAUCAGCUCUUGGCGUCAGACAUAGAAGUUGAACCGGAAUCCGUGAUAUUCAGAGUUGCAGAAGAUAGAAUCAACGAAGUGGAAUUCACAUCCGAAUUUCUCGAUGACAUAGACAACAUUGGCUUCUCUGAGGUAAAUCUGGACAAGGAAAAGGGAGAGCUAGAGGUCAAAGCAGGGCUCAAGAAACCUGGAGAGAGUGUCCUUGUUGUCAAGGGCAGAGAAAUAACACGCGGUCAGGAUUUCCAGCCAAUCCUAAACUAUAUUGUCAGCUCUCACGAAAAAGUUGAUGAUAAUUAUGAAAGACGGCUGCGACAUAUAAAGCGAGUCAACGCUAGCAACAAAAAGAAGGACGCGAAAGAAGAUUACAAAGCACAGCUGAAAGAUCAUGUCAUUGCCAUUCGCAAAGAAAUCGAAAACCUAAACAAAGCUGUAAUAAAAACACACGAGUUGCAACUCAAAGUCAACCUUGAAGUCAAUAAGGAAGUCAAAACUACUUCAGAGCUGUACGAAAAUUAUCCAGCAAACUCAGAACGUGGAUUUGGGCUGACCUUCGAUGACUCGGCACAUUUUCAGCUUUCAGAGUUCACAUCCUUGCCAAAAUCAUGGCAGACCGAUUACAGUGUCUCAGAGGGAAGUAAAUCAGCAGAAGUCUUAACAUCCAUGGCAUUUUCAUGUGAAGAUUUCAGUGAUACAGAAGUAAAAAAGUCGCAAGGAGGAACUAAUCUCCAUGAGCAUGCCUCAACAAAGUUCAAGGCGGAGAAAAAGUACAUUCACCUAAAGAACAGACACAUGCGCCUGAAGAACACUUUGAUUCUAGAGCAAACCAGAGUGGCCCGUUUAGAGCAAGUGAAACUGAAGGAAGAAAUUGCAGUUUUGAAACUGAAGAGAGGUCAUCUUGAAAAGUCUUCGUUCAUCUAAACCAAGAGGCUUUCAAACAAACUUUCAAAAAUAUUUUUAUUGAAAUGUAUUACAUACUGCAAAAGCAGGAAAGAACUCUCUGACAGUGCAUGUAUGUUCAAAACAUUUGGAAUGAUCUAGAAAAUACUGAUUACCAAAUCGGUUAAUAUGACGUGCACUUACUAUAAACUAACCUUUGGGUUGCUUAAAACAGCGACGCAAUAUCCAUUGAUGCUACGAAGUAUGGGUAUAUAAUAUCACUUAUCAAAUCAUUUUGUGUCACAUGAAGUCAAAACAAUCAUAACUAUGUAUGUGUUGCACAUUAGAUAAUUAAAAGUAAAACAAAAAUAUCAAUGUUAUGAUACA